AUUUAAAAAUAGUAUCAACAUUCAUUGUGGGGUAUAUCGCCAUUUUUAGGCACACCGACGCGUUUCGCAUUCAAUUAACAAUCACAUAUAAAAGGUUGACAUGCUGAAAACUAACUGCCUUGGCUCAUGGCUUGGCCUUGUGGUGGCUUCGAUGCUUUGGCCAGCGGCCCUCAUCAACGGCUAUGACAAAGAAAUGACCGUAUAUGUGGACGCCGGCAAGAAAGAGUGCCUGUACCACAGCGUUAAGAUGGGCGAGAUAAUCGAUUUCGAAUACCAGGUAAUUGAUGGCGGUCACGGUGAUCUGGAUAUUAGCUUUGCGCUCCUCGAUCCCAUCGGUCUGGUCAUUGUGAGCGAUUACAAGAAGCCGGAGAAUAUGCACCAGCAUGAGGUGCAAAAGGAGGGCGACUAUCGAUUCUGCUUCGAUAAUAGCUUCAGCAUGUUCAAUCGCAAAACUGUCUUCUUUGAAUUGAUAGUGGAACGCGAAGGCGAUCAAAAUCAUGGCGACGACCAAUGGAAGGACGUCAACGAACUAACGGGCUUAACGCCCGACGAAUAUUACGAGAUGAAGGUGCAGGACAUCAUGGACUUCAUUGGCCGUAUACGCAUGCAGCUGACUAAGGCACGUCAGCUGCAGGAUGUGCUGCGUUCCCACGAGGCGCGCGAUCGUAACCUGGCCGAAGCCAACUUCCAAAAGGUAAACAACUGGUCCCUGCUGCAGAUCACGGCCAUGAUCGGCGUUGGACUCAUCCAGGUAUUCAUGCUGCGCAGUAUAUUCGAGACACACGGUCGAAUGCAUCAAUUGUGGCGCAAAUUAGGCAUUUGAUGAGAACAACCACUAAUCCAGUGUAUCGUUUACCAAAGAGUUGUUUGCAUUUAAUUAUUUACCAAGUAUAAGAUGCAAAUUGUUAAAUAUUAGUCACAAACUCCUUAUCAGUGUCAACAACAUAGUUACUAGCAUUAAUUAGGUUUUGUGUGUAAGCGCGUGUGUGUGUAGGAAGGUGUGUGCAUUUAUUAUACAAAAGCAAUUGUAAUAUAAGUUUAGUAAUUGGGCUAGUCCUGAACGAUCUUUAACAAAUAAAGCGUUGAUGUAGAAGAAUAA